AUGAAGUUCCUCUCUGGUCUCAGUGCUCUCAUUGCCGGCGCCAAUGCGCACGCCAUCUUCCAAAAGCUAGCCGUCAAUGGCGUCGACAAGGGCCAGCUAACGGGAAUCCGCGCACCAGAUAUCACAGACCCAAUCACCGACAUCAACGACCAAGAUUUUGCCUGCAACAAGAACCUCAACUACCUCGACAAGACCGUUGUCAAGGUUCCUGCCGGCGCCAGCGUCGGCGCCUGGUGGGGACAUGUCAUCGGCGGUGCGAUGGGCCCGAACGACCAGGAUAACCCGAUUGCAGAAAGCCACAAAGGACCGAUCACCGUGUACCUUGCCAAGGUCGAUGACGCCGCCAACGCUUCCCCGUAUGGCCUCGACUGGUUCAAGAUUGCGGAAGAAGGACUUGAGAAUGGCGUCUGGGCUGUUGACAACCUGAUUGGAAAUGACGGUUGGUAUAACUUCACCAUGCCUUCCUGUGUUGCGUCCGGCGAGUACCUCAUGCGAGUCGAGAUUCUCGCGCUGCAUGAGGGUUUGUUCGAGGGCGGAGCACAGUUUUACAUGGAGUGUGCGCAAAUCCGCGUGGAAGGCUCGGGGUAUAGCACCGGCACGGACUUCGCUCGGUUCCCGGGGACAUACAAGUCUACCGACCCGGGCGUCUUAAUUGACAUCUACAAUGAUCAGGGUGCCAUGGACAACAAUGGUAACAAGUACGUGAUUCCUGGUGUGAAAGCUCUGACUUGUUAG